AUGUUGGACGAGAACCUCCCGACGUUUUAUAUGAGUCCGAAUGGAAAGAAUCUCACCAACAACGUCCUCUUUACCCAGCACGGAAGCGAGCCUCAGCCCAGCUACACGCUGCGUCGCCCCGACCCUUCCCAACCCGCCUCGCAGAACCGCUACGCCAUCGCCCUCUACGACGCCUAUAUCCCAGAUGUGCUAUUCGGAGAAGUUUUGAUUGUGCCCGAGUGGACUCAGCCGAGUCUCUCAGCAGACGCCAUACGCCAGAAUGGCGGCGUCGCUCCUCCGCCGGAAGCCAUUAUGCCUUCUGAAUUCACCAUCCAUCUAUACAACCCGGACCAAGAGAUCAAAGUGCGCUACAAGCCAAAGACAUGGAACACACAGCCAUCGUGGGAGUUUGAAAUGCCGCAGCAAACUUUCAAACAACCGUCGAACUCGACCCUUGACCGAACACAGAGCGACCCUGCCGCGUCAGACCUGACCCCGAAGCUGAAGUUUGUCUGGCGCAAGGACGGCUCUCUAUCCAAGGAUUUCGCAUGCUAUCUCUCGGGCAAAAACACCACUCCCGGUGCUAAAAAAAAGAACAAGGAACCUGAUAUUACGAUCGCCAUAUUCAAACAAUUGAAAGAAUUCACCCUUUACGAGCCGAAUCUCUACCGAGUGGAAAUGGAAGACUUCAAGGGCCUUGAGGUCGUCUUGAUGCUGGGUGCGGUCGUUAUCCGGGACGUGUUUUUCGCGCCGAUGAAGGAUACAUUCAACGUUUCCAACCCAUCUGCCCUGCCCUCUGCUGGACGUUCGAAAACACCACCACGCAACAAUACUACCGUAGUAGCUGCUGAUAUACCUCGCCCGUCGCGGCCGCAGGUGACAAUCCCUCAGCGAGACACUCGGCCUGUGUUAAAUCAACCAAACGUCGAUCCGCGCAUGAACCGUAAUCCAGAUGCUGAAAAUGCCAGGAGAAGGCAACAGCAGCAGCAGCAGCAGCAGGCCUUCAGCGAACGCGAACGACAACGACGACAGCAAGCCGAGGAAGAAGAAAGACGCACAAGGAAUCUGGUCGAGGCAGAUCAAAAAGCACAGCGCAGGAAGGAGGCCGAGAUCAACCAGGAAACCGAACGACUGAAAAGGCUCUAUGGAAGAGAAGACCAGCAAUCUCGUCACCAAAAGCCAAACAAUCCAGCCCACCGUUCUCAAACUCCCGGUAUCGUCGUUUCUUCGGCAAAUCCGACUCAUCAUGCCAGGUACUCUCACUACACAUCUCCAACCCACAGGCCGCAGCAACAACAACAACAACAACAACAACAACAACGACCGGGUCCGUAUCUGCAAGCGCCAGGAAAACACCGCCCUUCCCAGUCCGUGUCCAGCCUACAUCCUCCUGCGCAACCUCCACGGCCGCAAUCGUCUGCGUCCUUUUUCGGCGUUGGCCAGAAGCCUCAACCUGCACCGCAACUUAAAGAGAAGAAAAGCUUCUUUGGUUUUCGCAAGUCAUCAUCUGACAAUGAUCCAAACAAGCUAAACAAGAAACGAAGCUCAAUGUUCUAG